AUUGCAUAUCAUUUGUCAACAAACAAGCGUCUAUCAUGUGUCAUUUUUCAUUUGUCAAAUUUAUACGAGAAUGGGAGGUCAUGAAAGUAAGGAGAAAGAAGCCCAGAUAUUAGACAUAUUUAGUCAGGAAGAGAGGGUACAUGUGCAUGCCUUGUUUCUUAAAAUUGUGGGCAAUCAACACGCGCUUACAGAACCGUUUUUGAAGAAAUAUGUGACAUCCUGGCUACCACAGAUUGAUCAGUUAUGGCGAACAAUUUAUGAAUGUCAAGUCAAUAAAGGACAUGUGAAAGACAACAAAGUGUCCGAACUUAGGUUUGGGGCAUUUCUCGGCCAAGUCUUUAAGGGAAACUAUGGAGAAAAGGCCAACAUUCUCUCGCUGUUGAGUGGUCAAGUUGGAUCACAAGUUCAUCUCUACCAGUUGUAUAAAACAGUGUGUAGCUUUGUACAGUGUUAUCUUGACAUAACUGCAAAAGAUCAUGCCACAUGGAAAUGUAGCUGCAAUGCAGAUGAUGUUGGUCGAAUGUCACAGAACAUCCUUGCGCUUGACAGCAUUCCGAGAGCAGAUGAUACCAGUCAGUAUCGAGACUGUUACGAGGUUGAAAACUGGAUAGCCCGGGAACCCAUGUUUCUGCGAAUGUUUGACAGAGUCUUCCAUAAGAUCUUUCCAGUUUUGGCAAAACAUAACCAAGACACGAUGUUAGAAUCAUUUCUGCCAGUGGUGACAAACGUCGACUGGUCCAAAACCUCUACAAUCCUUGACACUUUAUCGAUAAGUUUUAUCAACCGUAACAUUCCACGAGAGCAGCAGAAAACGUGGCGUCUUCUUUACAGUAAUCGCAUUCAUGGUGACAGUUUCUCGCAGCUUACAAGGUUCAUUAUGGGAAAAGGACCCAGUGUUAUGGUUGUGCAGGAUAGCAAUGGACAUCUGUUUGGGUGCUAUGUGUCAACUAGCUGGGAAAUUAAACCAACGUUUUAUGGUGGCGAGAAUUGCUUUCUGUUCACGUUAAAGCCUCGCUAUGGAGCGUACAACACCACCGGGUAUAACAACAACUUCAUGUACCUCAAUCAGGGACAGGAAACCCUUCCCAAUGGGCUGGGUUUGGGUGGUCAGCUAGAGUAUUUUGGUCUGUGGAUCGACUCCUCAUUUAACAGUGGACACAGCAAGGCGAAGCCUAAGUGUACAACCUACGGGAGCCCACAACUGUCUUGCCAUCCUGAGUUCACUGUGGAGUGUCUUGAAGUGUGGGCAGUGGGUCCCGAAAAAAAGAAGAACGAUUCUGAUGAUGAAGAGGAGGCCAAGACAAGUAUACUCGACAAGGACUUGGCGGCAAAAGCCAUCCUGGAGUUGGCAGGAAAGACGCAGCAUUCUGAAGGCAUCCGGGACCUUAUAGAGGAUGAGCCGGAAAUGAGCGCCGAGAUGAAAAGAAAGAUGAACACAAUUCCAAAACUUCUGUGACAUGGGAUUUUAUGAUCGUUAAGAUAAAACAAAAUAUGAGCACCAUUCCAAAACUUCUGUGACAUGGGAUUAAUGAACACAGAGAUGAAACAAAAGAUGAACACCACUCCAAAACUUCUGUAACAUGGGAUUAAUGAACACAGAGAUGAAACAAAAGAUGAACACCACUCCAAAACUUCUGUAACAUGGGAUUAAUGAAUGUUAAGACGAAACAAAAGAUGAACACUACUCCAAAACUUCUGUGACAUGGGAUUAAUGAGUCUAAAAAUGAAAGAUAAAACCACUCCAAAACUUCUGUGACAUGUGAUAUAUAAGCCUUAAAAUGAAAGAUUAAAACCAUUUCAAAACUUUUUUGACAUGUGAUUUAUGAGCGUUAGGAUAAAAUGACAGAUGAAUACCUUUCUGAAACUUCUGUAAUAUAUAAUGUACAUGGAGAUGAAACAAAAGAUGAACACCAUCCCAAAUCUUCUCUUACAAUGUGAUUUUUGAACGUAGAGAUGAAACGGUAGUUGAACACCAUCCCAAAACUUUUUUGACAUGUGAUUUGGGAAGCUAAAUAUUAAUCGAAUGAUGAACACCAUUCCAUAACUUCGUGACAUGCGAUUUAUGAACUUUUGAUGAAAUGAAAGAUGAGCGAAUUUAUGUGACACAUGAUUAUCUCUGACAAAUUUCUUAGCAAGCUAGCAUUAUACUUAAUAUAUAAAACACUCUUUGUUUUAGAAAAACAAUUUGAUACUGCUUACUUUUUUUAAACUGUAUGGCAUGAAAUAUUAAUGAGUUGUAAAUGUUGUAUUGCGUUUGUUAUUGGUUUGCUUAUAAUUAUAGUGCAAUGUUAUUGGUUUAUACUAUUUUACUACAUAUGUAUUGAUCAUUAGGCAUUACACGUGAAAAUACUCAAUGUUUUUGUUUUCAAUGAUUAAUAAAUAUGCUCUUUGUAUAGCUAUUUAUUAUGUAUUCAGAUUUUGUUUUUUAUUGCAUGCUCAUCGGUGGUUUAUAGAGAAAUAUCAGUGAUUUAAAACUGAUAAUUCAUUGUUUUAAACAUUGAAAAUUAUCGAUAAUUUUCACUUUUAUACUGGGAAAUGGAGUCGUUUUCAUUACGUUACGACAUCAUUAUUUCAGCAAAAAUAAUUAUUUUUAAGAAGAAAUAAAGAGGAAAUUUGUCAGAUUAGGUGAAAUAUCGAUUUAAAUUCACUAUUUAACAUAGAAAAAAGUGGCUGGGCCACUCGUGAAAUAUUAUUCUUUAUGAUCACUCGUAAAUUAAAAACGACAUUCUACCAAAUCCAACAAAUAUCCUCUAUAUAAUACAUUUUGGGUUGUGAAUAUUCAAGAAAUUAUUGUAAUAGUUAAACAGCUUGAGUUAAUUUUAUGAAUUUUAUUGUGAAUGUACAUAAGAAUUAAGCUAUUGAAAUAAAUAAUAAAUAACACAUUUCUUGAU